AUGCCAGUGCCCAUCUCUGAGUUACCGAUCCUCGAGGCUCUGGUCAAUAUCCGGGCCAGGCUCACCAAACUGAAAAAGGACCGAUCCGAGUAUAUCCGUUCCGCUGAUGUAAUGCAAAUUUAUGCAGCUGUCAUCAAGCAAGUCAACAAGCUCAAUGAAGUUCGCGACGAAACCAACUCAACCUCAUCGCCCCCCGAAGAAAAUACUUCAAGCCCACCAAUAAAUUCAUCUCAUGAAUCACAUACUAGCAACAGGGUUGAUACUACUCUCAAUGACGUGUUCCAACUCCUCAGUUUAUUCUUCUUAACGAUCGGCAAGAGUCGAGAAAGUCCCGCGACAUACUGCCAGCUAUCGACGAUGAAGCAACUCCUAGAUCACAUGAAUCAAUCUGGUGUCUAUACGGAAACCGAUUUGAUGCCUUUCCAGACCCGAUUAGAUGAGCUCAAAGCGAUUAUCAUCAGAGAUGAAGAUAAAGAAAUUGCAGCCAAGAAAGAAGCCGAAGUCGAUGGUGUACCUGAUGACGAGUUACACCCAGAGGGGCUUACCAAACUUUUGCUACGCAAGUGGGAUGAUUGUACCAGAAUGCUCAAGUCUCUUUUGGCUUCUUUAUCGGUGCUCUCGUUCGAACUGGUCCCAAUCCAUCAACGUUUGAUCACGAUUCGUAGGCAACUAGCUGCACUAGCGGCUCGCAAACCCACGGCAGCUGAAUUGGACGCUCUUCAAGAAGAAUUGCGUAAAAUCGACUCGAAACGAAUUGACGGAAAGUUUUUGGGGCCCGGUGGAUCAUCGGUACCUGAAGGUCAAGCCAUCUUAACAGGUCUUUUGGAAGAAAACUUUGAAAUAUGUCAAGAGAUUGGUGCUAGGAAGGAAGAUGUCUCGCCCACUCUUAAGCCUAUUUAUGAUCGACUAUGUGACUUGAGAGCAGCCUUAGAACGUCUGACUUUGACUCAUCGUUGGACUUUACGCGAAACUGUUCUGCACUAUCUGCUCCGACGUUGCUAUGGUCUCAUCUAUCGCCUGAUGUCAUCCUCCGAACCCAUCUCGGAAGAACUCAUGCCGAUCGCUAACAAACUCUCGACGCUCAAGAAGUGUCUAACGGAAGUGCUCAAGUACGGCGGUGGUCUUUCCCCUCGAGACUUGUAUCCCUAUCAGCUUGCACUCUCUCAGAUUGAUGCGAUCAGAGAUGAUGGGAAAUUCAAAGGUCGUGAUGGCGGUAUACCGGAAGGUCAAGCAUUAUUGAAUGCCAAUCUUUGUGAAUGUCACGAGCUUGUGAACACCCUUCGCGAGUCAAUCGAAACCGGUUAA